AUGGAAUCCAGCAGACACGGAAAGGGACCUGGGGGUGCUGGUGAGCAGGAGACUCCACAGGAGUCAGCAAUGUGUCCUGGAAGCCAAGAGGGCAAACACCAUCCUGGGCUGGUGGCACAGCCAGCCAGUCAAAAGAGAGCUGAUGCUCACAAACAUCAACACAGUGUGGACAAGAACCAACCCCCAGGCCACCUCCUGAGGCCUCACUCUGGGAGUCUAAGAAGCAUCUUCAAAGCUCCCAUCUGGCCGAAGUGUGUGGAUGACCUGGCUGUGACUCCAUUGAUUGCCAGGAUUAGAACCACAGUCCUUCCCAAAUCCCCUUCACCUACCGGUAACAGAAACAGGACAUCUUCAUUUACAGAUCAAAAUGACGAAGGCACUUUAACACCAGAUAAAGAGAACUUAACUAAACAACCAGCUCCCAGACCCACAGAAAGUGAUGGAAGUGGACCAGCCUCCCCGCAGCCGAGUGACAGUCAGUCUUUCGCCCAGAGGCUUCAGCUCCGAGUUCCCUCCGUAGAGUCUUUGUUUCGAAGCCCAGCGAAAGAGUCCCUGUUCCGCUCUUCAUCUAAGGAGUCCUUGGUACGAACUUCUUCGAGAGACUCACUGAAUCGACUGGACUUGGAUGCAGCCGGUCCCACCUUUGAUCCACCUUCCGACAUUGAAAGCGAAACAGAAGAGCCUUCGAGCAAUGUGGACAGCCUCAGCAAAGAGCAGUUGCUGCAGCGGCUGCGCAGAAUGGAGCGCAGUUUGGGCAACUACAGGGGAAAAUACUCUGAGCUAGUGUCUGCUUAUCAGGUUAUCCAGCGGGAGAAGAAGAAACUGCAGGGCAUUCUGAGUCAAAGUCAGGAUAAAGCACUUCGCAGAAUUGGAGAACUGAGAGAGGAGCUCCAGAUGGAUCAGCAGGCUAAGAAACAUCUCCAAGAGGAAUUUGAUGCUUCCUUAGAGGAAAAAGAUCAACUUAUCAGUGUUCUGCAAACUCAGGUAACAUUGCUGAAACAGAGAUUACAGAAUGGUCAGAUUGGCACUGAUUUGCCUGAUCCAAAUAUCCAAUCUGAACCACAAGUUCAAAGUCUAACAAAAGAAAUCAGUACGGAAAAUACCGUGGAACCAGGAAGCAAUGGAAAUUCUGUUAAAACACUGGAAAUGCUUGAUCAGCGGGUGAAGCGCCAAGAGAACUUGCUGCAACGUUGUAAGGAGAUGAUUCGGUCACAUAAGGAGCGCUGUGCCCAAUUAACCAAUGAGAAAGAGGCACUGCAAGAACAGUUAGAAGAGAGACUUCAGGAGCUAGAGAAAAUGAAGGACCUUCAGAUGGCUGAGAAGACUAAGCUGAUUACACAGCUGCGUGAUGCGAAGAAUUUGAUUGAGCAGCUAGAACAAGACAAGGGCAUGGUAAUUGCAGAGACCAAGCGACAAAUGCAUGAAACAUUGGAAAUGAAAGAGGAAGAGAUAGCCCAGCUGCGCACUCGGAUCAAACAAGUAACAACAAAAGGCGAGGAGUUAAAAGAACAGAAAGAAAAAUCUGAGAGAGCUG